AUGAAAACCAAAUCCAUCAUUUUGACCAAAGAAACCAUCGAAAAGAAUAAAAUUAAAAAACAAAUCCAAAGAAUCAGGGAAGAAAACAAGGAACUUAUGAAAUCUAUCCAAUAUGUAAAACUAAUGAUAAACUCUGUUAAUGAAGACAACAAAUCAAAACUACUAAAUAGUGUUUACAGAAUAUUUGCAGAUAAUAAAAAAGUUCUCAGUAAUGAAAAUUUACCGUCUACCAGCGAAUUAAGAGAAAUUCCACUAUCAGAUGACGAAGCACUGGCAUUACUUCUGGAUUUAAAUUUGUCCAAAGCAGGCUACAUGAAAUUACGGAAAAUUGCAAAAUUGCAUAAUUCAAAUUUAUUUCCUUCGUAUGAGCACAUUAAAAAAUCCAAGAAUGAAUGUUAUCCCGGUGAUAUAACUACAACCGAAAUGGGUUCUGAAAUAGGUCUGCAAUCACUUUUAGAUCACACUUCAAAACGUUUGCUGGAAUCUGUUGAAUAUGAUGCCAAUUUCGGUAAUAGGGAUCUGGAAUUAAUGGUUAAAUGGGGUUGUGAUGGAGCAUCCGGACAAGGUGAAUAUAAACAAAAAUUUUUAAGCUCUUCUACUGCGACCGAUUCUAGCGUAUUUAUGAUUUCAAUGGUACCAAUAUUACUAAAGAAUGAAGUGAAUACGAAGGUUUGGGAGAACCCUCAACCUUCAUCUACGAAGUAUUGUAGGCCCAUCAACUUCGAAUACAUAAAAGAGUCUUCAGAAGUAAUAACAAGAGAGGUGGAAAAAGUUAAUGCACAGAUUGGCAAAAUAGAUUCCUUUAAGUAUGGAUUAUCGAGUCUCCAUGCUUGGAUUCGUUUUAUGGAGUGCAUUAUUCAUAUUGCCUAUAAUAUAUCUUUUAAGUGUUGGUCUGCGAGAACUGAUAAACAAAAGGAAUUAAAACAAAAAAAACGCAUACAGGAGGAAUUCCGCCAAGAAAUGGGAUUGUUAAUAGAUUUUCCCAAACAAGGGAGUGGAAAUUCUAAUGAUGGGAAUACGGCAAGAAGAUUUUUUCAAGAUUCAGUAAAGUCUUCUAAAAUAACUGGAAUUUACUACGAUUUAAUAAAAAGGUUCUCCAUUAUAUUACAAACUUUGGCAUGUGGAGAAUAUAUUAACAUUGAAAAGUUUAAAGAAUAUUCACGGAAAACAGCUGAAUUAUAUGUAUCCUUAUAUCCUUGGUAUUACAUGCCCGCUUCCGUGCAUAGAAUUCUUAUGCACGGAUCGGAUAUAAUAAACAACUUUUCUCUUCCGAUAGGGCAGUUGUCGGAAGAGGCACAGGAAGCAAGGAAUAAGGAUUACAAAAAAAUAAGAGAAUUUCAUACAAAUACGUAUGAUGAAAUUAAUGAAUCAGUUGACUACAUGAAAAAUAAUGAUACUGAUAAAAAAAUUAACAUUUUGUCUGAUAUUACAAUAAUGCCUUCUGUUGGCAUUAAAGAAAGUUCAGUUAAAAAUGAGUUAGAGCCAGCAAUAGAAAAUUUAAAUGAAUCACAAAAAGGUUUUGAUAAAGGAAUACUCAAGAAUGAGAGAAACAGCAACAGCCUGCCUUUGCCCGAAAAUGCUACAAAUAUGUUUGAAAAUACUACAAAUAUGUUUGAAAAUACUACCUUAGAAAACAGCCAACUUUUAAUCGAAAAUGCUGCAAUUAUGACAAAGACUGAUGAUGAAAAUAAUCGACUUUUGAUAGAAAAUAAUGCAAUUACGACGAAAACUGAUAUGGAGCAUACUACCCCAAAAAACAGACAAAUUCUAACAGAAAAUGCUGCUAAUAUAGCAAAGAUUGAAUUUGGAAAUACUACUCCAGAAAACAAACCACUUUUAAGGGAAAACAUUGCAAGUCUGGAGAAGAUUGAUAUACCUGAUGGAGUACCUACACCAUUUAAAACCUUAUUGCAUUGGCCUGAGACUCCCAGAACGGACAUUAAAAAAAGGUAA